AUGGAACGAAUGAUAAAUUAUUUCUCUCCUUCAAAGGGAACAAAAAAACUUCAAAAUGCUGUCAACGAUCCAAAUAUAGAUCAAGGAUUACCAUCUCAUAUUUUGCUUGUUAAAGUUAUUGAUCAGGGUAAUAAUAGAACUGGAAAUAAAAUAAGAAGAAAAUUGUAUAGAUUUAUGAAAGACACAAAUAAUGUUGGGGGUAGAAUUUGGUAUCCAAGAGAUCAUGCCGAAACCUCUCAAAUAUAUUGGGGAUUCUUUGGACAGGAUAUUAUAACUCAAGCAUGGGCAGUAAACUUAAUUUUGGACUUUGAACGUUCAACGAAAAUCUCUAUCCCAGGAAAUUGGAGAUUUACUGUGGUUUUAUCUAAACCUGUGGUGGAUUCUGAUGUAAUCGGUAACCUAUUAAACAAAUUUAAUUUCGAAGAAAACGAAUUCGCCAAAUUGAAAGAAGAUUUUAGUGAGUUGAGCAAUGCCUAUGAACAACUAAAAAAAGAAGUCAAAGAAAAUGAACAACUAAAAAAACAAGUCAUAGAAAAUGAACAACUAAAAAAAGAAGUAAAAGAAAAUGAACAACCAAAAAAAGAAGUCAUAGAAAAUGAAAAACCAAAAAAAGAAGUCAUAGAAAAUGAACAACUAAAAAAAGAAGUCAUAGAAAAUGAACAACCAAAAAAAGAAGUCAAACAAAAUGAACAACUAAAAAAAGAAGUCAAAGAAAAUGAACAACCAAAAAAACAAGUCAAAGAAAAUGAAAAACCAAAAAAAGAAGUCAUAGAAAAUGAACAACUAAAAAAAGAAGUCAAACAAAAUGAACAACCAAAAAAACAAGUCAAAGAAAAUGAACAACUGAAAAAAGAAGUCAAGGAAAAUGAAAAACCCAAUAAUUUUUCUUUUUCUGUUAAAAAAGAAUAA